CCUGGUUCAUGGGUCACUAACACUGAUGUACGUACCUACUUGGAGCUACAACUGUCAACUGUUAGCAAUAGAGUUUAUUCAUUAUUAUAACUACUUCAUACAGGACUCAAGCCUGAAGUUGUGAUAUGCUAAAAAUAAGUCACAGACAACUGCUGUUACAGCUGUAGCCUUAUAACUCUAGUGAGCCAAGUUCAAUCCUGACCUUGGGCGCUGUCUGUGUGGAGAUUACACAUUCUCCCAGUGAGUGCAUAGAUUUUUUUUAUAGUUUAUUUUCUGAUCAUUCCCCUCCACAUUCCAAAAAUGGAGGUUGGUAGCUUAAUUGACUAAACUACCCCUCAGGUGUAGGUUAGUGUGGCAUGGGGUGUGGUUUAGAGUUGAUUAGAAACAUGGGUAUUAGGCUAGGGUUUGUGCAGUUGGAGACAUGGCACAUGAUUGUCCAUAGGUACCAGGGCAGGUGCAUAGACUAAAAAAAAAGUUUUAGAGGAACAUGGGCCAAACGCAAGCAAAUGGAACUAGUUUAAUUGGGAAUUUUACUGGGCAUAGACCAGUUGGGCCGAAGGGUCUGUGCUACGCGAUCUAGGAUCCUAACGAGUUCAUCACAUGUUCAGCAUUGUUUCAACAGCAAGGAUGUCUAUGUAAAAGAAAGUGCAAACUACGCCCUGACCAGAUAUAAGAAUACACAUCCAGUACGUCAGAGCUUCCACCGGGGGUAAAUUCACAAGAUUAGAAAACGCCAAAGUAUUUGAUCACUGUGACGGCCUCUGGGGAAUUUCUUCACAGCAUAUACCAAACCACAGAAAUGGUACUUCAGGUUUGCAUGGUCACCACAAGCCUCGGCGACCACUCCAACUCCUUCCUCACUCCCCUACACUCGGUUACGUUUCCAUCCACAGGAACCACGCCAUUGGGCGGGUAUGGACGGCAAAACGAUGAUUGACGUGUUUACUGCCCAAUAGCGAGUGGAGACACUGCGGAAAGGCGCGCACCGAGGGGCGAUUGAAGACCAAUGAAACAUUGGGGAUGGGGAACGGAGCGGAGCGUCGUACUAUUUGCUGGCCCGGCUGUCAAUCAUCGGCUUUUAAAUGCCUACGGUGCGGCCCAGGGGUGCUGCAUGAAUCUUGCCGUCCUGGGAUUGUUGUGAACCAGCGCAGCGGAGCCCAGAAAGCAUGAAGACGGAGGACGAUGAGGAGGAUGGCGGCCGCCGGACCAAGCAGAGGUUCGAAGAGCUGUGUCAGAGGCUGAACAUGGACGAAUGUGCCAAGUGCGAAGCUUGGGCCAGUUACGAAAGCAUCAGCAGGAACUACACGCUGGAGGGAGAAAACCUUCACUGGUUGGCCUGUGCCUUAUAUGUAGCAUGUAGAAAAGCUAUUCCAUCAGUGGGAAAAGGAAUUGUGGAAGGGAAUUGUGUCUCCUUAAGAAAGAUCCUGCACUGUUCAGAGCUCAGUUUAAUAGAGUUCUUCAAUAAAAUGCAAAAAUGGGCAGACAUGGCAAACCUGUCGCAAGAGCUCAGGGAACGUACUGAAAAGCUGGAGAGGAAUUUUAUUGUUUCUGCUGUCAUCUUCAAGAAGUGCAAGCCGAUCUUCUGUGACAUUUUUAAAGACCUCCAAGAAGAACCACCGCCACGUCAGCACAGAGGUCGAAAACAAAGCAGGCGACAACCUUGUACAGUCUCUGAAGUGUUUAAUUUUUGCUGGGUGCUGUUUGUUCUGGCCAAAGGAAACUUUCCCAUGAUUAGUGAUGACCUUGUUAAUUCCUAUCAUCUUCUGCUGUGUGUGAUUGACUUGGUAUUUGGGAACGCACUGCUUUGCUCUCACCGUAAAGAUUUGCUGAAUCCCAAUUUCAAAGGUUUGUCUGAAGAUUUCCAAAGUAAAGAUUAUAAACCACCUUCAGAGCCACCUUGUAUUAUUGACAAAUUAUGUACAGCAUAUGAUGGAUUGGAAUUGGAGGCAAAAGGGAUUAAACAACAUUACUGGAAGCCUUACAUCAGAAAGCUAUUUGAUAAGAAGAUCCUGAAGGGAAGAGGAGACACUCUGACUGGUUUUCUGGACCCUGGGAACUUUACAGACAGCAUUAAAGCCAUUAACAAGGCCUAUGAAGAAUAUGUGUUAACUGUGGGAAGCAUAGAUGAAAGGAGUUUCUUGGAAGAUGAUGCAGAUGAAGAGAUAGGAACCCCAAAUAGGUACCUGAGCAGCAUGUCCAAUGUAGAAACGGCUGAAAGGAUGCAAAUACAGCACAAUCUUCAGCAACAUUUUGACAGUCAGACUAGGACACUCACAGUUUCAACACCACUUACUGCUCGGAAGUACAUAAAGGAGAGUAACUUGUGUAUGACUCCCAUAUCCUCCGCUACACAAUGCGUUAGUCGUCUUCAUGCCAUGCUAACUGGGUUGAAAAAUGCUCCAAGUGAGAAAUUAUUACAGAUUUUCAGGUCUUGCUCCAGAGAUCCUACACAGUCUGUCCAAAACAGAGUUCAGGAGAUGGGUGAAAUAUUUUGUCAUCAUUACACACAAUCCACCAAGGAUCACUCUGGAUUCUCAAAAGACUAUGCCACUAAACGCCUUCGACUAGCAGAGAUUCUGUACUACAAAGUUUUAGAAGCAGUGAUUGAGCAAGAAAGGAGAAGGUUAGGAGAAAUUGAUCUGACUGGAAUAUUGGAACAAGAUAUAUUCCAUCGGUCUCUUCUGGCUUGCUGCCUUGAAAUAGUUAUCUUUUCCUAUAAACCACCAGGAGAUUUUUCGUGGAUCAUUGAUAUCUAUGACCUUCCAUCCUAUCAUUUUUACAAGGUGAUAGAGGUACUCAUAAGAGCAGAGGAUGGUCUUUUCAGGGAGGUAGUAAAGCAUCUGAAUUAUAUUGAAGAAACAAUCCUGGAAAACUUUGCAUGGAAGCAAGAAUCCCCUCUUUGGGAUGGAAUUAAAGAUUCAGAAAACAAGGUUCCAUCGUGUGAAGAGGUGAUGCCAGCACAUUACUUUGAAAAUCUGGAGAAUGUUGGCAACCACGAGAUGUCCUCUCCCAUUACUCAUUCAAGACUAAAGGAAGCUCGUGCUGAGAGUGGCAGGAUAGACACCAUUGUAUCACCAACAACGCUUCAUGAUCGAUACAGCUCUCCAACAGCAAGUAAUGCAAGGAGGAGGUUGUUUGUAGAUAAUGACAGCAACCCAGACUCUACAACCAACUCACCGAGAAUUUCCCAGCAACAAACUGUUAAUGCCGUACCAGUCCAGAAUGUGACCACUGAGACUGUGUCCGUUUCUCAUGUCCCGGGACAGACGUUAGUAACCAUGGCAACCGCAACUGUUACAGCUACUAAUGGACAAACAGUCACAAUUCCAGUUCAAGGUAUUGCAAAUGAAAAUGGAGGCAUUACCUUCAUUCCGGUUCAGCUCAAUGUCUCUGGGCAGGCUCAGUCUGUGACAAGUACCAUUCAACCUCUUACAGCCCAGAACCUUGCCAGCAGUUUGGGCAGUCACCAGUUAGCUGGCACUUCAAUGCCGAUUGCUGGGCAGGUGUCAGUUCAACAUUCCCCAGGCCAAAAACAUAGCCAGCACCACGGAGGAAUAAUCAGCAGACCCAAAAAGACAGGCUCAAUUGCUCUGUUCUUUCGAAAGGUAUAUCACUUAGCCAGUGUUCGUCUGCGGGACCUCUGUGCAAAGCUGGACAUUUCAGAUAACUUGAGGAGGAAAAUCUGGACGUGCUUUGAAUAUUCGUUGGUUAACUGCACUGAUCUAAUGGCUGAUAGACAUUUAGAUCAACUUUUGAUGUGUGCUAUUUACAUAAUGGCAAAGGUAACAAAGGAAGAUAAAUCCUUCCAGAACAUCUUGCGUAAUUACAGGACCCAACCACAGGCCAGUAGUAAUAUUUAUAGGAGUGUAUUGUUAAAAGUUCGAAGAAGACGAACUUCUGGCAGCAGUGACAGUAGUGGUCGCCAGGGUUCUCCAACAGAGACAACCAGAGAUAGGAAUAGUAGAGACUCCAGUCCAAACAUGAGGUCCAGCAGUACACUGCCAGUACCUCAGCCAAGUAGUGCACCACCUACGCCAACUCGGCUGGCUGGAGCUAACAGUGAUAUGGAAGAGGAGGAGAGGGGAGAUCUCAUUCAAUUCUACAAUAACAUUUACAUCCGGAGAGUAAAAGCAUUUGCACUGAAGUAUUCUACAUCAAGCCUGGAGAAUGGGAAUGAAGCUCCUGCUUUAUCUCCUUUCCCAUCUGUAAGGACAGGAUCACCACGCAGAGUCCUGCUCUCUCAACAUCACUCCAUCUACAUUUCACCACAUAAGAAUGGAGGCUCCCCUUCACCAAGAGAAAAGAUGUUUUAUUGUUUCAGCAGAAGUCCUUCAAAGAGACUGAGAGAUAUCAACAACAUGAUCAAGACUGGUGAAACUCCAACCAAGAAACGUGGCUUGACAUUGGAUGAUGGCAAUGAAGUGCCAGCUAAGAGGAUGCUGCCUGACUUGCCGAGUUCCUCCAGUGCUUUGUGUUGUUCCAGAUUCCAGCAGCUGCAAUCUCAUCUCCAAAUCCUCAGUGGUUCUUUUUCAAUAUUACCCGCACUCUCGAGAGGGCUGAUCAGUCGUGAGGGCUACAGUCAGGAUUUUAAACAGCAUCCCAUAACUGAAGGAUAUGGAGAUUUUUCAAAACACAAUUCAAAGAAUCAAUUAAUAUGUCCAAAACCCUACAACUUGCUUCUGGAUCACCAAAUUUAUCCUGAGAAUUACAGAAACUGACAAAGGAACAUUUGUGCAACACUUGCCCCACCUUUAGAGUAAGGUGCAUUGCUACUUGUUUGGAUUGGCUACCUCUCAGUGAUGAUAAACGUUGUAAAUAUAGGUACAUAAAUUCUGUCAGCAUCUGCAACUUGUGGAAUGUACAAUCAGAUUCAGAACCAAACCUUUUUAAAUCACCUCUUUGCUCACUUAAUAGCCUGCUUGUAACAGACCCUAAUCUACUGCAAAUGUUUUGCUCAUCUGAUCUGAAAUGCCUCAUAAACCACACAUUUAUUGCCAUAACAGUUAUUUUCUAACUUAGUCAAUGCAGUUGAAUUGUUUGGUAACCAAAGAAAAACAGAACAAUAUGUCAGAGCACAAAAAAAAUCACAGUAGAUACUCACAGGAUCUCAACCUGAAAUGUCAACAGUUUAUUCAUUUCCACAGAUGCUGCCUAACCUGUUGAAUUUCUCCAGCAUUUGAUGUGUUACUUCAGUCAAUAGCUGUCACAAUCUGAUGUCAGCCAUUCAACAAAUAUUUCUACUGUUCUUUCAAAUUAACAAUUACCAUGAAGCACAGUAUGCACCCAAUAGGACAGAUUAAUACAGUUGCUAACUUUAGUAAACCCUAUAUGCAAACUUUUGGACAUUGACACAACAUUAAAUUUGUUAUAAUUAAAUUUAAUUACAAAAAAUACGAGGAGUUAUUUAAAAUUUUAACAAGCAUCUUAAAUGUCCUUGGUAGAUAGAUUUCCAAGUCUCUUACCUGGAAGAGAUCAGUAGACUGAGCAGGAAGUGUAUGGCAACACUCACAAUAUGCUGGAAGAACUCAGCAGGCCAGGCAGCAUCUAUGGAAAAGAGUACAGUUGAUAUUUCAGGCCAAGAUCCUUCAAGCCUGAUGAAUGGUCUCAGCCCAAAAUGUCAACUGCUCAGGUUUCCAUAGACUCUGCCUGGCCUGCUGAGUUCCUUCAACAUUGUGUGUUGCUUGGAUUUCCAGCAUCUGCAGACUUCCUCUUGUUUAAGAAGAGUAUGGUAUUACUUCCAAUCACCUGCCUUACAUUCAGUAGAAGUGUCAGUUUCCCAUGACACUUGUAUUGGAAAUCAGUGAUACUUUGCAACUAUUUUGUCCUCAGAGUUUGAGUAGUGUGUACUCUACCUUAUUCUUUACUUAGCAUAAAAUAGUUUUAGUAGAAGAGAAAGGGUUGUCAUCAAUUCUUUAAUGGUUCAAAGAAAUCAGGUUCACAAUAACUUAAUUCAGUUAUUCCUUCGGUAUUCAGUUCAGUAUUCCUGUCAGCUUCAUUCACCUUACCUUAGUAAUACAAAUCUCAACCAGAUAUAAAUAUUUUGGUAUGCAAGUAAGCAAUCUGUAUUAGUCAUAUUCUUCAAUUGGUGAAAAGAGAUACUCAAUAGAAAAAUACACAAUCUAAAUUGCUGUGUCAUGAGUACAGAAAAUAUAGGUUGGGAUUAAAGCAUCCAGAUCUUAUUGGGCACCAUUGAUAUUGCAAAUCACCAUGUUGCUCAGAUCAGUUGAAAACAUCUUAAGAUUUAAAAAAAGGUCUCAAAUAGCCUAUACCCAAAGGUGGUUUUUAAAGCAAUGCAAAAAGCCUAUAGUAAAAUUUUGGCUAGAUGGGUUUACAUUUUAAUAUCAGUCCUUGAACAUAACUUCUCAAUUAAAAACAAUUUUAUUUAAACUUUUGAAAAGAUUAAGGAAUAUUCAGUUUAGGAUAUCAUUUUAGUUAAGUGGUUAUGGUGUUUAUUGUAUUGUAUUGAGUUCAGUCCAGAUAAAAUGGGAAUUACUACAAUACUUAUUUUAAACAGGGACCCCACAAGUGUGUCAAAAAACAACUUGUUUUAAAGCUUAUUAAUCUGAAGUAUUUAAAUUAUAAUUGAUUUGUUAAAAUGUUUUGUGCUGUUUCUCUGUAAAAGUUGUGAAAUCUGAUGUUUUAACAUUUGUAUGUGUCUACAUUCUUUUAUAAAAUAAUUUCUGUUACUAAUUUAGAAAAUGGUUUAUGAUCAAGCAGUCACACCACACAUCUUAGAACAGGUUACUAGAAUUUGUUUUUCCAUUUCUGUAAAAGUUGAUGGAAUUUAGUCUUUUAGAAGACACCUGCACCAACAUUUUUUUAAAAAUCCAUGUCUCAACUUGAACAUUGGCAUGAGCGUCUGUUUUGUUACUGCCCAUAAUUUUUAAUUCAGGAAAUUGAUUUAGAAAUAAGCAAACAUCUAUAAUUUUAUAACUGAAUGAAAAUGCAAAUGACUAUUACUAUAUUUGGAAGUAAAAUUUCUAUGAAGUUGAGUGAGAAUCUUUGAGGCAAAAGAAAUCCAAUGUUUAAAAACCAAACCUUGAGUGCAGUUUUAUUUGCUUCUCCAUUGCUGAUGAAUUUAAGCCAUCCCUGCUUUUUCAGACAGUGAGCCAUCUGAACCUCUACCAUUUUCUGUUAUAUUGCAGUCAAACUUUCAAAAGCAUUUACAGUACUCAUCUCUGAUUAUGGUAGAGCUUAUUUGAUUUAGCUGAAAAUACAAGACUCCAGAUUCCAUAGAAAAGAAAUUUGAUUCCCCAUUGUAAACACUGGUUAGGGAAAUAAAAAUUCUGCUGGUGUUUGGAGGAUCUUUAAAAGUUGCAAUAAAUAAGCUGCACUUUUUUUCUAUCAGUUUUAAAGAUCAUUCAGAACAUUAGGAUAGAUGUGGUUUUUAAGAUGCAAGUGGCUAGUGAACAUUUUUCUUUCCAAUGCUUACAGAAUGUGCUUGUGGAGUUUGGUGGGGGGGGGGGGGGGAUGUGCAAAAUAGCAAACAUCCUGCUACCUGCAUCUUGGGCAUACAAGGCACUGAAUAAGUUAUUAAAUAUUAAUGGAAUCCAGGGAUAUGGAAUCAUGCCAUUAUAAAAGAUUGGUAACAACAACAACAACAAAUAGUGGAAGCAGGCACAAAAGGACCAAAUAGUUGACUCCUGUCUAUUUCUUAUGUUCUUAAGAUGACUUUGUUCAUUCAAGAUUCUACAGCAUUCUGAAAGCAGCCAAUGCUCAUAUUGCUCUUGAAGACCAGUUUGUACAUGUAACUUGAGUUAUAGUAAAUGCCAUUAUAAAAUCUA